UAAAACUUUAUAGGACCCUUUUCUUACAUGAAGUCUAGUAAUUUACCGCUGCAGUUAGUAAACAAAGUGAACUAUGUCUGGAUUUGUGAAUUCAUCCACACCAAGUAAACAAAACUGAAAACUGAAGAUUGUAGCCUCUGUUUGUGACAGUAAAAAUGGGAAAGAAAAGGGGCAAGGACAAGAGCUCCAGAGAGGAUGAUGACACUGACCUGACAGGUCCAUCUUGCAGACAUAUAAAGAAGGGAACAGACCAAACUCUUCUAAAGAAACUGAAUUCUGAUUGGAUGAGGUGUCAGGAUUGUAAGCAUGAAGAAAAUAAAGAAAAUAUCAGCACCACCCCGCAACAGGACUCUGAAGUGGAGCAACAAAUAGCAGGUGUAUGGAUGUGCUUGAAAUGCGGCCAUAGAGGAUGUGGACGAAACUCUGAGAACCAGCACGCCAUCAAACAUUAUGAGACUCCACGGUCAGAUCCACAUUGCCUGGUGAUUAGUUUGGACAGCUGGAGUGUGUGGUGUUACAUAUGUGAUGAUGAAGUCCAGUACUCCAGAACUGGACAUUUGGCUCAGCUGGUGAACAACCUAAUAAAACAAACCUCUGCAGAUUCAAUAAAGAGGCCGCAGAAAAGAGUGAAGGAGGAAGACGACUUGUUGGAAGUUGAACAGAAGACGGAGCCUGUAAAAGCAGAGGAAAGUGAGGACAAAGAAAACAAAGAAAACAAGGACCGCCAAAGGAAAAAUGGCAAGAAAGAGAGUGUGGGAAAAUCACAAAAGUCUGGCACAUCUGAAGACAGUGGUGGUGUUUCAGUAAAGGGGUUGAGCAACCUGGGAAACACAUGUUUCUUUAAUGCAGUCAUUCAGAAUCUCUCUCAAACACAGCUCUUAAGACAGACUCUCAACAAAGUGACAGAAGAGAAAAUGAGUCUUAACAUUACAACUGUUGCCUCCUCAGAUCUGGAGCCUAUUGGAGUGCAGUUGGGCCAGCCUGGAUCUCUUACUUUGGCUAUGUGUCAACUACUGAAUGAGAUCCAGGAAUCCACAAAGGGUGUGGUAACACCACGGGAGUUGUUCACACAAGUUUGUAAGAAGGCUGCCAGGUUCAAAGGAUUCCAGCAGCAAGAUAGUCAGGAGCUGCUGCGCUAUCUUCUGGAUGGGAUGCGAGCUGAGGAGAUCAAAAGAGUAAGCUCAGGGAUCAUGGAGGCAUUGAAAGAAUCUAGAAAAAGCACAGAUGGGGAACAGCUGAAAACACUAGUUAAAGGUAAAGGUAAAGAGUAUGAGAAAAAUGGAUUUCCAAAAAACUUUGUUGACCACAUUUUUGGUGGGGAAAUGACCAGCACUAUUAUGUGUCAGCAGUGUAAAACGGUGUCUGUAGUCACAGAGAUGUUUCUAGAUCUUUCCCUUCCUGUUGCUGAUGAGGCAUACAGAAAGAAGAACCAGAAGAAAGCAGUUCAUAACACCAGUGGGUCGAGCCAGGAUGGCAGAAACAGCCCUGCUUUGACCAAUGGAAAUGAUGACAUUCCCUCCAUGGCUGGCAGCAAGUACCAGCAGAAGAAAGCAAAGAAGCAGGCAAAGAAGCAAGCAAAGCAUCAAAAGAGGCAGCAGAAGCUUGAGGGCAGAGUCACUUUAGACAGUCUCACAUCUUCAAGCCACACAGAGAGCCAACAGACGGAUCCUACUGCAGAUGCAAAGGACGGUGAAGAUGCUGAGAAUGAAAUUCACGAAGAAGCCUCAGUGAGUGAAGGAAAUCCUGCACAAAUAAGUGUGUCUGAACAGAACUUGAAGAACCUUGACGCACUCCAGGAUAAAAAAGAAGAAGAAGACGAGGAUUCAGUGAUUGACUGUGACUCAUCGGCUACGUCAUCGGUCAGCAACCGUUUUACCAUCUUGUCAGAGGAGCAGCACUCCAAGGACAGCAUCAGAGACGAUGACAAAGCAUCUGACGUGGAUGAGGAAGGAGAAGAAGACACACAGCUGGUGAGUGAAAUGGAGAAAGUAACCCUGGACGAUGCCUUCAUAGAAGACCCUAAUGCUGUGAAUCAAGUCAUGGAGAAUGAAGAUGAGCCGUCAGAGGCUAAAGAGUACACUGUAGUGAAUCAGGACCCAGAGCUGGCCUUCCACACACUGGCAAACAGGACAGCCCCUGAGAAACAGGAGUGUUCAGUGCAGUCAUGCCUUUUUCAGUUCACAGAAGUGGAAACCCUCACGCAGAACAACAGCCUCCUUUGUGUCACCUGCACUAAACGGCAGCCAAACACAGACAAAGCUGGAGGAUCCAAGAAGAAUAUCUACACUGAUGCCUUGAAGCAAAUGCUGAUUUCAUCUCCCCCACCAGUACUUACCCUUCAUUUGAAGAGGUUUCAACAGAAUGGAUACAGUAUUUGUAAAGUGAACCGACAUGUCCAGUUCCCCCUGAUACUGGAUCUAGCUCCCUUUUGUGGGGUUAAAUGCAAGAACCUGACAGAGGGAGAUACUCAGAUUUUGUACAGUUUGUACGGUAUUGUAGAGCACAGUGGAACAAUGAGGUCAGGUCAUUACACAGCCUAUGUGAAAGUCCGACCUGAGUGCCCUAAACCCUCAUCCAACGGAUUUGCAGCUGAAGGAGAUGCAGGGCCACCCAGAGGAUCCUGGUUCCAUAUCAGCGAUACAAGCGUCCAGCCUGUGAGCGAGAGUAAAGUCCAGAGUUGCCAAGCCUACCUCCUCUUCUAUGAAAGAAUCCUCUAAUGGAACCAUACUCACUAC